AUGUCUAAACGGCGAGUUGGUGGCACUACUAAGGCCAAUGGGUUGAGCAUUGGUCGGUCGAAGGAAGACACGAAUCUUUUGGAAGCUUUGAAGCUUUACGAGAGCAAAAACUACAAGAAAUCGCUGAAGUUGGUCGAGGCGAGUUUGAAGAAAAACUCGCAACACACGGACUCGCUGGCGCUGAAGGCCUUGAAUCUGUACUGUACGGAUCAGAAGACGGAGGCGGAAACGUAUGUGCAAAGAGUGCUCGCGAAAGGCAGUGCCGGAGGUCCUUCCCCCAUCGGACUUCACAUUCUGGGCAUCUACAUGAGAAACGAGAAACGGUACUCCGAAGCUGCAAAGUUCUUCCAGACGUCGCUGGACAACGGGUCGAACAAUAAGCAGAUUUACAGGGAUCUGGCCACACUCUACGCUCAGGAGCACGACUACAAAAACUUGUUAAAAGCUCGUCAGGCCUACUGGGAAGACUUCAUGGGCUACCGCGCCAAUUGGACGUCCCUGGCCAUUGCACACGACCUAAAUGGCCAGCCUCAAGAGUCGGCAAACGUGCUCACCAAGUUUGAAGAACUCGCGAAGGGAAAAUUGGGGGAAGCCGAGUUGUACGAGCAUAACGAGUGUCUCAUGUACAAGAACGACCUUUUGUUCCGGGCAGCUGGCGAUGACCAUGACAAACUACAACGCGUUUUCAAACACCUAGACGAAAUCGAGCAAGAUGUCUUUGACAAAUACGCCUGGCUUGAGAGACGGGCUGCUCUGUACAUGAAGAUGAACGACAAGCAAAACGCUUCAAAGGUUUACCGGACUUUGAUCAAACGGAACCCCGACAAUUUCCGCUACUACAGGCUCUUGGAGAUUGCGUUGGAAGUUCAAGGCGACGAAAAGCGCAGAUCCAUACUGUACAGUAAUUUGGAGCGCUUCUACCCGCGCGCCGAGCCUCCUAAAUUCAUUCCGUUGACUUACCUAAAGAAUGAGGCAGAGUAUGCUCAAAAAUUGAGCGCUUACCUUCUGCCCCAAAUCGAGCGUGGUGUUCCUGCCACUUUCAACAACGUGAAGCCAUUGUACAAGAAAGACACUGAUCGCACUUCUAGGCUGGCAGAGAAGAUUAUACUCGACUUCCUAGCCGAUCUUGAUCAAACCAAGUCACCCCUUACAUAUGUGUGGGCAAACUACUACCUGUGCCAGCAUUUCAUGUUUUUGAAGGACUAUACCAAGGCUAGAGACUACAUUGAUGCAGCCUUGGCUCACACUCCUACCAUGGUUGAGCUUUACAUUUUGAAGGGUAGGGUCUUGAAGCAUGCUGGUCUUUUAGUUGACGCCGCCGAAACCGUCAAUGAAGGUAGAGAACUGGACCUUCAGGACAGGUUCAUUAACACCAAAACAGUAAAGUAUUACUUGAGAGCCGACAUGAUCGAAAAAGCGGUCGAAGUUGUUUCUAUUUUUACAAAAAACGAUGGCUCCGUUAACGGAGUCAUGGACUUGCAUCUGAUGGAAGCAUCGUGGUUUGUCGGAGAGUUGGCAGAGUCUUACUACCGGUUGUAUUUGAGCAAUAAACAAAAAUUGAAUGAUUUGAAGAAGACCGAGGUGCUAACAGAAGAAGAAGCGCAGAUCGAACGCUCGAAUCAAAUAAGACUUCUCACGUACGAGACAUCGAAGUUUGGUGGUCUGGCUCUGAAGAGAUGGACCGCAAUUGCCAAAUUUUUCAAACAGUUCAAAGAUGACCAGUUGGACUUCCACUCGUAUUGCAUGCGCAAGGGGGUCCCAAGAGCUUAUUUGGAAAUGUAUCAAUGGGGUAAAUCUGUCUUUACAUUGCCAAUGUAUGUGAGAGCCACUAAAGGUGCUGCCAAGCUUUAUUUUGGCCUUCAUGACGCUAUGAAAUUGUCCAAUGAGAUUGAAAACGAAGAAGAAUCAUCAUCUGCAGCCAAAAAAGGUGGAAAAAAGGCCAAGAAGGAUGCUGCUGCUCUCAAGAAGCGUGUUGACGAGGACAAGAAAAGUAGUUUGGCCUACGAAAAGGAUGAAGACAUUCUGGGCGAGAAACUUAUCUCAACAACAAAGCCUUUGCAAGACUUUUUCGACAAGUUUUACGCGAAUUACGCCAAGGAAGCGACCGAUGUCACUAAGGACUACGUUCUUGAAUUCGAGUAUCAAUUGAGGUGCGGGAAACUACCGCUUUGUGUUGGAGCGCUAUCGAAAUUCGCGGACAUUUACGGCGAGAAAAACAGCACAGUCGGAGCCAUGGUUCUGAGCGUGUUGGAAAAAGUGAAAUAUGAUUCUGAAAUUGACGAAAUGACGAAAAAGCUUGCAUUGAAGGGUUUGGAGCGCCAAUUUCCCUCGCUACCUUUAGAUCAACUAAACGUGGAAGCUUUUGAAUGGCUGGCAUAUUUCCAGGAGACAUUUGAGACUCCUAAACUCGACGCUCUUCUGCUGCUUCGGCAUUCUGUGUCCCAGAUAGUCGGUAUUGAUGCUAUCAAACAAUUGAUUUUGGAAAACUUGGGUUCUCAAGAGCCUAUCGUCCAGGACUCUGUGCUCAAAUACGAACUCAACUAA